CAUAGAUAUGUAUCACGUAUGACACAUCGCAACUCACAAACAUAAGUGUUCACUGUUCACUGUUCAGUGUCUACGAGUUAUGACUCGCGCUUAGUCGCAUGUUAUCACUGAUCAGAGAGCAGAGCUGAUAUUCAAAAAAUUUUUAAUUUUCAUCGUUUUUCGUCCGAGUGAGGUCAAAGAACGCAGAUUGAAUCAUUACAAAACAUUUCACAACAGUUAAUCUAACUGUUGAGAUAACUCAACUUUCAUUUCUUUCUCAUCGUCAGUUGUCAGAUUCUCGAAAAUAUGGCCGGUCAGAGCGAAACCGCCGAAUUAUACAGUCGCGUGAAAACUGCCACUGACAAGUUUUUUGCCACUUUGCGUGAAGCCAAAAAUCUAGAGAUCCAAGGCAAAACGAACGUGGCUUUGCUGGAGUAUGAACAGUGUCUAAAUAUCAUCGACAAUGUCUACUCAGUUCCACUGACACGUCCUACCGACCUGAGUCUUGAAUGGACAGAGGUUGAAAAUAUACUGCAAUAUUUGAAGACUGAAAAAAAAGAGAUUUUAAACCGUAUUGUUGAGUUGCAAAGGGAUAGUGGUUCAAAUAUGGCUGUAGACUGUAGACCUAUGCAAAGUCCGCCAUCAUAUCAAGAAGCCACACGUUCUGAUGAAGAACAAUCCAAUAUUUCUGAAACAUUAGAUCCUCCAGUUUCAUACAAUCAGUUAUCAGCAAUGCUCAGUGAUUUACGUGUAGACAUCGAGCAGAGUUCAAUGGCAAUCCUAUUAAUUAGCUGUGAUAAUUCGCAGGUAUUUUUUAUUGCUAACGAUGGUCAAGUAACAUCGCCAUCAGAAAAAUCAAAUGUUAAAAUAUUUAUGCUCGAAGGUACAAAUUCAGAAAACACACAGCGAUAUUUCCUUUGUAUUGAAGAUAUUUACUAUCCACUUGUUGCCAAUAGUUCACCAUGUCUUCGAACAGAAUAUGGGGCGUUUUUGUUUCCUGAUAUUGAAAACAGAAACUCAGCUAUUGGUGUGUUAGUUCUUCCUGAACAUUUGGAACUUUUCACUGAUGUUUUAGAAGAUAUAUUAAAAAAAUCAUUGAGAAAACAAUCUGGAAAGGCCCGAGAAAAAGGUCAUAACAUUUCAGCCCACAUUGUUAAAGGAGCUACUUUUAUAUCAAAUGGAUUAGUGAAGGGUGCUGAAAAAACAUCAAAUUUCAUGAACAACUCUACUCCUGGUUUACUAAAUUACAUUAAUCCUUCUCAAAGUGAUACAAAUGUUUGCUCUCCCAUGAAAAAAGGAGUUAAAGUUGCUAAAAACGUGACAAGUACUGCUGCAGAUGUAACAUGCUAUGUUGCUGGAAAAAUAGGUACAGCAUCAUGUGUUGUUGGAAAAUUCCUAGCUCCACAUGUUCAUAAAGGUGGAACAAAGAUUUUGACAGGUGUUACUAAUAUGGACAAAAGUGAAGCUUCUGAGAAAAUGACAAAUGUAUUUGAUAUAGCAGCAGGUGCUAUUGAAGGCUUUAGCAUCGUCUAUGAUGGACUUGAAAAAUCUGGAAUAAUGCUGGGUAACAGUAUUUCAAACAACACAGUGCUUAUAGUUCAUCAUAAGUUCGGCAAUCAUGUUAGUGAAGUGACUCAGGAUACAUUUGAAACAGUUGGCCAUGGAUUACGAUUCACUAGAAGUGUGAAAGAGUUUGGUCCAAAAAAUAUCAUCAAAUCUACUGUUAAAGAAACUGGACGUGCCAUGAUGGUACCAGAAAAUGAUUAAAAUAUUUUUUGUGACUAGUUCACCUAACCUAUAAAUAUGAAGCCUUAUUGAGAUUAGAAUUUUUAAAGCAAAAUAAUUUAUUUCAUACAAAAAGAAUAGAUAUAAUAGGUGUAUUAUUAUAAUUAUUGUUUUUAUGUUACAUCUUAAAUGACUAAGUUUGGAUAAAACUUAGCAAUUUAUUGCUUAUCAAUCAUAUUAGUAUAAGUACUAUAAAUUAUAUUAUUAAUACUUUAUAGUUUAUACAAUGUUAUACUGGAUCUGAAUUGUUAGAGAUAUUAUUGUUGGUUAUUGGUAUAUAUUUUUAUAAAAUACAUAAAAUAAUUUUUAUAAAAUAAA